AAUAAAAUCGACCAACAUGGCUGGGGUAGUGAGGAAUUUGAAGAAAAAGGUCUGGUGAUCUAUGCAUGACAUCCUUGUAAGUAAGAAGAGAAGGUUCUCACUUGGAGUUUGAACGGUGAACUGUGGAAUAACUCUAAAUGACAACCGCUAUGGAUCAAUCCCAUUAUUGGGGUGAGGUGUGGAAUCACUUUACCAUGCUGAACCACCACACCAUCAUGUGUCUUCACUGCAACACGAGCUAUAACAAGGACCCCGAUGGGUCCACCUCUAGCAUGUGGAGUCAUCUAAGAAGUAAUCAUCCGGCCACGAUUGCCCCCCCUGAGACCAAUGAAGUAGCGUCUGGAAAUCCUGGUGUGAGUGAGUUGGAACACAUGGAUAGUGGAAGAGCAAGGCAAUCUUCUAUUGUGUGGAAUCAUUUUACGUUCCUGGAUGCAACCGCGGUCUCCUGUCUUCACUGUAAUAAGAACUUAAUGAAGGACCCCAGUGGGUCCACCUCUAACAUGUGGGGUCAUCUAAGAAGAAAUCAUCCGGCCGCGAUCGGCUCCCCUGAGGCCAAGGAAGUAGCGUCUGGAAACCACGAUAGGAGUGAGAUGGAACACGGGAAGAGUGAAAGACCAAGGACACCCUCCAUUGUGUGGAGACAUUUCAGCAUGCUGAAUGAAGACACCGUCUCCUGUCUUCGCUGCAACAAGACCUUUAGCAAGGAGCCAAGGGGGUCCACCUCCAACUUGUGGAGUCAUCUAAGAAUUCAUCAUCCGGAUGUGGACAUUCCAACCAAGGAAACAGCGUCUGGAAAUCAUGAUGAGAUGGAUCAUGAGAUGGAACAGGCGAAGAGUGAAAGACCAAGGACAUCCUCCAUUGUGUGGAGUCAUUUCAGCCUGCUGAGUGAAGACACCGUCUGCUGUCUUCGCUGCAACAAGACCUUUAGCAAGGACCCCAAAGGGUCCACCUCCAACUUGUUGAGGCACCUGAAAAAUCAUCAUCCUGAUGUGGACAUUCCAACCAAGGAAACAGUGUCUGGAAGUGAGCUGGAACAGGCAAAGAGUGACGCACCAAGGACAUCCUCCAUUGUGUGGAAUCAUUUCACCAUCCUGGACGAAGACUAUGUCUACUGUCUUCACUGCAACACGACCUUUAGCAAGGAGCCCAGGGGGUCCACCUCCAAUAUGUUGAGGCACCUGAAAAGUCAUCAUCCGGAUGUGGACGUUCCAACCAAGGAAACAGCGUCUGGAAAUCAUGAUGGGCGUGAGAUGGAACAGGCGAAGAGUGAAAGACCAAGGACAUCCUCCAUCGCGUGGAGUCAUUUCAGCCUGCUGAAUGAAGACACCGUCUGCUGUCUUCACUGCAACAAGACCUUUAGCAAGGAGCCAAGGGGGUCCACCUCCAAUAUGUUGAGGCACCUGAAAAAUCAUCAUCCGAAUGUGGACGUUCCAACCAAGGAAACAGCGUCUGGAAAUCAUGAUGGGAGUCAGAUGGAACACGGGAAGAGUGAAAGACCAAGGACAUCCUCCAUCGCAUGGAGUCAUUUCAGCCAGCUGAGUGAAGACUACGUCUGCUGUCUUCACUGCAACAAGACCUUUAAUAAGGAGCCCAGGGGGUCCACCUCCAAUAUGUUGAGGCACCUGAAAAAUCAUCAUCCAGAUGUGGACGUUCCAACCAAGGAAACGGCAUCUGGAAAUCAUGAUGGGAGUGAGAUGGAACACAUGGAGAGUGGAAGACAAAGGCAACCUUCCAUUGUGUGGAAUCAUUUCACCAUCCUGGAUGAAGACCACGUCUCCUGUCUGCACUGCGACAAGACCUUAAAUAAGGAUCCCAGGGGGUCAACCUCCAACAUGUUGAGGCACCUGAACAGUUAUCAUCCGGAUGUGGACGUUCCAACCAAGGAAACGGCGUCUGGAAAUCAUGAUGGGAGUGAGAUGGAACACAUGGAGAGUAGAAGACCAAGGCAACCUUCCAUUGUGUGGAAUCAUUUCACCAUCCUGGAUGAAGACCAUGUCUCCUGUCUGCACUGCGACCAGAUCUUUAACAAGGAACCCAGAGGGUCCACCUCCAAUAUGUGGAGUCAUCUAAGAAGAUAUCAUCCAACCACAAUCAACCACCCUGAGGCCAAGGAAGUAGUGUCUGGAGAUCAUGAUGAGAGUGAGAUGGAACACGUGGAGAGUGGAAGACCAAGGCAACCUUCCAUUGUGUGGAAUCAUUUCACCAUCCUGGAUGAAGACCACGUCUCCUGUCUGCACUGCGACAAGACCUUAAAUAAGGAUCCCAGGGGAUCCACCUCCAACAUGUUGAGGCACCUGAAAAGUCAUCAUCCGGAUGUGGACGUUCCAACCAAGGAAACGGAGUCUGGAGAUCAUGAUGAGAGUGAGAUGGAACACGUGGAGAGUGGAAGACCAAGGCAACCUUCCAUUGUGUGGAAUCAUUUCACCAUUCUGGACGAAGACCACGUCUCCUGUCUGCACUGCGACAAGACCUUAAAUAAGGAGCCCAGGGGGUCCACCUCCAACAUGUUGAGGCACCUGAAAGGUCAUCAUCUGGAUGUGGACGUUCCAACCAAGGAAACGGCGUCUGGAGAUCAUGAUGGGAGUGAGAUCGAACACAUGGAGAGUGGAAGACCAAGGCAACCUUCCAUUGUGUGGAAUCAUUUCACUAUCCUGGACGAAGACCAUGUCUCCUGUCUGCACUGCGACAAGAUCUUUAACAAGGAGCCCAGGGGGUCCACCACCAACAUGUUGAGACACCUGAAAAGUCAUCAUCCAACCACAAUCAGCCACCCUGAGGCCAAGGAAGUAGUGUUUGGAAAUCAUGAUGGGAGUGAGAUGGAACACGUGGAGAGUGGAAGACCAAGGCAACCUUCCAUUGUGUGGAAUCAUUUCACCAUUCUGGACGAAGACCACGUCUCCUGUCUGCACUGCGACAAGACCUUAAAUAAGGAGCCCAGGGGGUCCACCUCCAACAUGUUGAGGCACCUUAAAGGUCAUCAUCUGGAUGUGGACGUUCCAACCAAGGAAACGGCGUCUGGAGAUCAUGAUGGGAGUGAGAUGGAACAUGUGGAGAGUGGAAGACCAAGGCAACCUUCCAUUGUGUGGAAUCAUUUCACCAUCCUGGACGAAGACCACGUCUCCUGUCUGCACUGCGACAAGAUCUUUAACAAGGAGCCCAGGGAGUCCACCUCCAACAUGUUAAGACACCUGAAAAGUCAUCACCCAACCACAAUCAACCACCCUGAGGCCAAGGAAGUAGUGUCUGGAGAUCAUGAUGCGAGUGAGAUGGAAGAAAUGGAGAGUGUAGGGACGAGGCCGCCUUCCAUCGUGUGGAAUCAUUUCACCAUCCUGGACGAAAACCACAUCUCUUGUCUGCACUGUAAUAAGAACUUAAUGAAGGACCGCAGUGGGUCGACCUCUAACAUGUUGGGUCAUCUAAAGAGAUAUCAUCCGACCGUGAUCGACCAAGAGAGUGGAGGGACGAGGCCGCCUUCCAUCGUGUGGAAUCAUUUUACCAUCCUAGAUGAAAACAACCUCUGCUGUCUUCACUGCGACCAGAACUUUUGCAAGGACCCAACUGGGUCCACCUCCAACAUGUUGACUCAUCUAAAAAGAUAUCAUCCGACUGCGAUCGGCCUGCCUGAGCCUGAGGCCAAGGAAGGAACGUCUGUAGAUCAUGAUGCGAGUGAGCUGGAAGAAAUGGAGAGUGGAAGGAAAAGGCAGCCUUCCAUCGUGUGGAACCAUUUUACGUUUCUGGACGAAAGCAACCUCUCGUGUAACUACUGUAAUAAGAACUUCAUGAAGGACCCCGGCGGGUCCACCUCGAACAUGUGGAGUCAUCUGAGAAGAAAUCAUCCCACUGCGAUCGACCACGCCGAUUCCAAGGCAGCAGAGUCUGGAGGUUAUGAGGCGACUGAGAUGCAACAGAGGGAGAGUGGAGGGACGAGGCCGCCUUCCAUCGUGUGGAGUCAUUUUACCAUCCUAGAUGGAAACAACCUCUGCUGUCUUCACUGCGACCAGAACUUUUGCAAGGACCCAACUGGGUCCACCUCCAACAUGUUGACUCAUCUAAAAAGAUAUCAUCCGACUGCGAUCGGCCUGCCUGAGCCUGAGGCCAAGGAAGGAACGUCUCGAGAUCAUGGUGGGAGUGGGAUGGAACACAUGCCAACCACAAGGCAACAACCCUCCAUUGUGUGGGAUCAUUUUACGUUCCUGAACGAAGACACAGUCGCUUGUCGUCACUGCAACAAGACCCAGCCAAAGGGGCGCGGUGGGUGCACCUCAAACAUGCUGAAACAUAUAAGAAAAUAUCAUUCGGCUUUGAUCGAUCACGCCGAGGCCAAGGAAGUGGCGUCUGGUAGUUAUGAGGAGAGUGUGAUGGAAGAAAUGGAGAGUGGAAUGCAACCUUCCAUGGUGUGGAAACAUUUUACAUUCGUGAACGAAAACACAGUCUCCUGUCUUCACUGCGACAUUACCCAGCCCAUGAAGCCAAAUGGGUCCACCGUCAAUAUGUGGAGUCAUCUAAGAAAUAGUCAUCCAAGCGUGAUCGACAGCCCAGAGACCGAGGAAGAAGCGUCUGAUAAUCAUGUUGCGAGUGAGAUGCAGUACACGGAGAGUGACGGUUCAAGGCCGCGUUCCAUUGUGUGGAGUCAUUUUGCGUUCCUGGAUGAAAUGACAGUCUCCUGUCUUCACUGCGACAAGACCCAGACAAACUGUGGGAACACCACAAACAUGAUGGCACACCUGAAGAAAUAUCAUCCAGAGGAAUUAGGGCCUGGUUACCUUGAAGAGAGAGAGAUGGAAGACGCAGGGAGAUCAAAAACAAGGAAACCUUCCAUUGUGUGGAAUCAUUGGACGAUCCUGGACGAAGACACUGUUUCCUGUCUCCACUGCGACAAGACCCAACCUAAGAGGGACAACACCACCAACAUGAUGAUGCAUCUGAGAAAAUAUCAUCCUGAGGAAAUAGGGUCUGCCAAUCAUGAUGAGAGUGAGAUGGAACACAUGGAAAGUGGAAAAACAAGGCAACCUUCCAUUGUGUGGUAUCAUUUUAGAAUCGUGGACAAAGACAAUGUUGCUUGUCGUCACUGCGAAAAGGUCCAGCGAAACUGUGGGAACACCACAAACAUGAUGAAUCAUCUGAGAAAUCAUCAUCCUGUGGAAUUACGGUGUGGUAAUUAUGAUGAGAGUGAGUUGGAAAACAGAGAGAGUGGAAGUGGAAGACCAAAGUCUUCCAUUGUGUGGAAUCAUUUUACCACCCUGGACAACGACAUUAUUUCCUGUCGUUACUGCGGCAAGACCCAGCGACACAAUGGGAACACCACAAACAUGUUGACACAUCUGAAAAAAUAUCAUCCUGAGGAAUUAGGGCUUGGUAAUCAUGACGAGAAUGAGACACAAACACAAAGAACAGUGGAAGACAAAGAGAGAGAAAGAACAAGGCAACCUUCCAUCGUGUGGAAUCAUUUUGCCGUCCUAGACGAAAGCACUGUUUCCUGUCGUCACUGCGGCAAGACCCAGCCAAACUGUGGGAACACCACAAACAUGUUGACACACCUGAAAAAACAUCAUCCUGAGGAAUUAGGGCAAAAUGUGACAAGGAAACCUUCCAUUGUGUGGAAUCAUUGGACGAUCCUGGACGAAAGUACUGUUUCCUGUCUUCACUGCGACAAGACCCAGACAAAAUGUGGGAACACCACAAACAUGAUGAAUCAUCUGAGAAAAUAUCAUCCUGAGGAAUUAGAGUCAGGAAAUCAGGAAGCGAGCGAGAUGGAACACGCGGAGAGCGAAGGGUCAAAGCCGCAUUCCAUUGUGUGGGAUCAUUUUACAUUCCUGGAUGAAAACACAGUCUCCUGUCUUAUCUGCGACAAGACCCAGUCGUACCUCAAGAGUAUGGGUACCACAAACAUGUUGAAACAUCUGAGAAAGUAUCAUCCUAAGGAAUUAGGGCCUGGUGUUGUGAGUGAGACAGAAGGACCAAAGCCACCCUCUGUUGUGUGGAAUCAUUUUUUUCUCCUGGACGAUGACAACGUCUCCUGUGUUCACUGCAAAAGCAGCUUAAAAAAGGACCCCAACGGGUCCACUUCUAACCUGUGGGUUCAUCUGAGAAAAUCCCAUCCGACCGUGGUUGAGACUCUCACUGAGACCAAGAAAGCAACGUCUGAUAAAGAUGAGGUGAAUGAGACAGAAUGUGCGAAGAGUGACAGACCAAGGACAUCCUCGACUGUGUGGAGUCAUUUCAGCCUGCUGAAGGCAGACAUCGUCUCCUGUCUUCACUGCCAAAAGACCUACCACAGGGACGGCUCUGGGUCCACCUCCAACUUGUGGAAGCAUCUAAAGUCUCAUCAUCCGGGUGCAGAACCUCCGACCAAGGAAGUGACGCAAAACGAAGAACCCACGCCUGGUGAUCAUGAGUUGAAUGAGACGGAACAUACACAGAAGAAACCAGCAGAGAGUGGAGAAAAGAGUGGAAGACGAAAGCAGUCCGUUGUGUGGGAUCAUUUUACGUUCCUGAACGAAGACACAGUCUCCUGUCUUCACUGCAGUAAGACCCAGCCAAAGGGCCGUGGUGGGUGCACCUCCAACAUGCUGAAACAUCUGAAAAUGUAUCACCCAGCCGUGAUCGGAAGCAAGGAAAGACCGGCGAAGGCGAGCAAACCAGUUAAGUUUUCAAAAGUGUGGCGUCACAUGACUGAGCUGGACUUCACCACCGCCUCCUGUCUCUACUGCAAGAAGAGACUUAAGAAGCAAACCCCCAUAAUGCUGAGCCAUCUGAAGAAGAAGCAUCCCGCCAUGUUGUCUGGUAAUCAUUUUGAAACAUUCAAGACGGAGGUGAACAUUGAUGGUGCGUCUGAACAUGGGGUGGAGGCGGCAGUCGCUUCCGUGUUGCAGCUUCAACUGCCAACGGAGACGCCUCAGAGAGGGGUGAAGUCUCGUGGCGGUAAUUCAGAGUUGUGGAGCCAUUUCACCCUCCUGAGCCAAGGCACCGUCUGCUGUCGUCACUGCAAUAAGACCCAGAGGCGCCAAAGCUCCUCCACCUCCAACAUGGUGAAGCAUCUGAAGAAACGCCAUGGUGUCGUCUUGGGACGCAGUCAGGUCAAGGAUUCUCCCGGUCAGUCGAUGGUGUGGUCUCACUUUACCCGUCCAAGGAAAGGCUCGUCUGAAGCCUCGUGCCAUCACUGCAAGAAGAUCUACAAGUACACGCACCAGGGGGGAACAAGCAACAUGCUGAGGCAUCUGAGAAUGAACCACUCCAUUCAGAUCAAGCAGGCCGAGGAUGAAAAUUAUUCUGCCAGUGAGUCGACGGUGUGGAGUCAUUUCACCCGUCUCAGGAAUGGCAUGGCCUCAUGCCGCUACUGUAAAAAGAGCUACAAGGGAAGCAUGGGCAAUAUGCUGAGGCAUCUGAGGAGUAUGCACCCCCUUCAGUUCAAGGAGAUGGAGACGGAGACAGAGACUGAGGACAAGCAGUUUCCUGAUGUGUUAACGGUAUCCAAGACACUGGAGGACAUGGUUGAUGCGCUUGACCGCGAGAACAUGGAUAACGAGUCACCUCAACGGGAGGACAUGGACGACACGAUUGAAUACGAGGAGCCCUACCAGGCGGACAUGGGGGAUGCGUCUGACCUGGAGGUGAUAGACGAUCCGUCUGACCCUGAGAUGGAGAUGGAGCUGGCGCAGGAGCAGGCGCCUCUUGAUCACGACCAGGAGCUUCAGUUGACCAUGGACACGCUUCAGACACAGCUGGAGAAGAAGGAACUGGAACUCUCAGAGGCAUACAAGAUAUUUAACGAAAGAAUUAAAGCCUUAAAACAGGACAUGAAGAGUAUAAAAAGUCGGCUCUCCCAGAAACCUCCCAGAAAAAGGGGUCGGCCUCCAAAGCAAAAGAAGAGUCCACCGCCACAAGCCUCCAAGACACCCCUCGCCAGGACACCAUCCGUAUCUUAUGAUGAUGUGGAGCCGCCGCUUACCAUGACGUGUACGACGGAGCCGAGCUCCCCCGGCACUGAUUACGGUCAUGAUGACAACUACGAAGAUGAUGACAAUUGCAAUCAGGAAUACGGUGAGCCAGUAGAGCCAGUGGAGGAUCAGCCCCUCAGGAGCUGCUACGUGAGGCUGGAGGACUGCAUGCACAUGCUGGGGCCCAACGGCGUCUAUUACCUGCCAAAGGAGAAGCGGAAGCGGAGAUCUCAACGCGUUCAGUCGAAAAGAGUGAGGAGGCGAGCCUAUCGAGACGACGAUAGUUACGACGAAGACGAUAAUAAUAGUGAUGAUCCCGACUGGGAAGACCCAGGCUACGGCCCAAAAGGUGCUGGUGGUGAUUCAGACGACGACAACAAUGAUGAUCUGGAUGACGAUGACGACGAUGAUGAUGAUACUGAUGAUGGCGUUUGGGAGAAGCCUAAAAAGGGUGGAACGAACAGAGUCAACAGGAAGGCCACCACCAAAUCCAGUCUAGCCUCCAGCAGCAAGGUCCUGGAGGGAAAGUCCUCGGGGGAAGUGUACGUCUGCAACCUGUGCGACGAGCGCUUCACCAAGAAGUACUACAUGAAGCUGCAUCGGCUGCUGCAUGACAGGGACGCGACCUUGAGCCAGUGCCUCGCCCAGCCCCUCAAGGACGUCACGGUCUUCAAGCUGGCCAAGUGCAGGCGCUGCGGGGAAAUGCUGCAGGACUGGGACCAGAUCAACAAGCCCCCGCCACGCGAUGGCGAACAGAAAGAUGCGAGAAGUGAGCCGGGCGGCAGCCGACCCACGUUUCUUUGUGCCAAGUGCGAGGCCAUUGCAGAUUCUCCUGAGGCACAAGAAUUUGACGAUUCUGAUGAUGGCGAUGGAACUGAAAGUCCAAGUCCACCGGCUUCCCCCAACAGACUCCCGAUAGACUACGUCCCGCCCACAGAAGACGUGGAGAACCCCUUGGGAGAGGCUUACAUCUGCCACUUCUGUGGCGAUCGCUUCACCAAGAAAUACUACAUGAAGCUGCACCGCCUCAUCCACGACAGCACCGCCACGCUGGCACGCUGCCUCUCGGAACCCAUGAAGCACGCUAAAACCAUCUUGCCGUUCCAAUGCGAGAUAUGCGACAGGAGGCUUAAAGACGAAGAUGGCUACCGCAUUCACCAAAGACUACACACCAAGGACAUUCCCCAAUUCAAGCGGAACACGAAAGGGCAAAAAACCUUCAAAUGUAAGGAAUGCGAUGCUGUGUUGGUGGGCGUCAGAAGCUUUUGCAACCAUCGGGAAAGGCACAGAGGUUAUAAGUGUCACGUUUGUCGUUGGUGCGGUAAGGCCUACUUCUACCUCGACAGCCUCCGCUGGCAUGAAAAAUGGGACUGCAAGAACAGACCUCAGCAGAACGCGACGGACAAUCAACAACGACGAAACCACAAGUGCACAGAAUGCGGAAAGUCAUUCACUGCAAAUAAUGUCUUGAUAAGACACUUGGCAACACACUCAGAGGAGAGGCCUUUCAAGUGCUCAAAAUGCAACAAAUGUUUCAAGACCUGUACGAUUCUCAGGUCACACAUGGAUACGCAUGCCAAAGCACGGUACCUCUGCGAUACCUGCGGCAAGACGUUCAGAACACCGUCUCGAUUGAGAUCCCACACACUGGCCCACACGGGUGAAAAGCCUCACCAGUGUGAUCAGUGCCCCAUGCGCUUCCGUUACCUCCACUGCCUGAAGAGACAUUACUUCACGCAUACCAGAGAGUCCAAGUAUGUUUGCCCCAUAUGCGACAGAAAAUUUGCCACUGCACGCAAUCUGAACAACCACAAACGGGUUCACACGAAGGAGAAGCCUUACUAUUCCUACGUGCGGACGUUGUUGCACGAUGGUCUCAUGGAAAUCGAUGGAGGCACCUUCUGUCAAUGUUUGGUUCAUGACCCUGUCCAACACUUCGGCCAUUGAGAAUGUUUUAAUCCUAUUUGUUUUUACCUUAACACCGAUUCCUGUCCAGGGACUACAGAUGAAAAUUAGCCUUGUGGCUAUAAUCUGGCUCAAUUGUAUAUUGUGCACUGUCCCUGCUAAAUAAACGAUAAAUGAAUAAAUUGACUUAUGCUAAAAGGGGGGAGCUACAGCGUUUCUAUAAAGUAAGGGAACAAUUUACAGACGUCUUGGAAAGAGUGCAAGAUGUAUAAACUGUAUAUUUCAACUUUCUUAUUGCAUUGUAUUGUAAGAGGGUUUUUAUCUUUCUUUUUUCAUUUUUUUCUUUAAUGUUGUUUUGUUUCUGUUUUAUUGGUUGUUUUUUAUCAAAAAAGUAUGUUCCUUCUGUGUUACUAAGCAUAUGUAUUUUUUGAUCUAUUUUGUUUGUAAAAUGCAAUAAAUAAAAUUCAAAAAAAAAAAUGUAGGCCUAAAAUGUUGUGAUGGGUAUUAUUUAUCAGGACGCACAUGUCUUGUGUUGCGUAUCGUAUUGUGACCCCUGAAUCGGGGUAUUGUAUCGCGAGGUGGUUGGCAAUAGCCAUCCACGUCUGAGUUCAACUACUAUCGAGUCCAAGAGAAAGACUAUCUUGAGA